CACGUUCACGUGAGGGCUGAGGUCACGUGGUCUCUCGUGUGACGUAUUCACGUUGGCAUGUUCGGGGGAGUAGUGACGCAUGCCCAACACUCCUGGAAGAGCAGCGCUGUUUACAACUGAGUAGGAGGAGCACCAUAAACAAAUUGAAGCAAAUUUAAACAAAAAUGUCAGAAGAUUUUGAUUUAAGAGGAGAAGAGGAGAUACAAGUUUUUGCUCAGCCAUAUUUAUUUGAACCCGAGUACUCUGACGAGGAGCACAGGGAGAUGGAGAAGGCUGGACCAACAAGCCUCAGAGAGACAGACAGCUCAGUAGACCUAAUGAUGCCCCUGUAGGCAAUACCAGACAAUGCUAAAAGAGGUAGAUAGCUUCUGCUACCACGAAUGAAACGUUGACAUGCCAUCGCUGGAACAAACUCGUGAUGUCAGCCCUCUCGUGAACGCGCAUACUGCUGGUGACAUGAUGAUUUAUUGUUAAAAAUUACUUAAAUAUUGAUCUUUUUCACACCAAAAGCAAUUGUAUCGCUUUAUAAGAAAUUCAACCACUGGAGUCGUAUGGACAGUGGUGGAUUUAGGCAUGGGUGACACGGGCGGGCGGGUCGCCCAGGGCACCAUACAAGCUAGAACCAUCACUGUGUAUGGAUGACAUUCAUGCUGAUCGUCUGCGUUUUGGAGCAUCAAAAAUCACGUUGCCAUCCACAUCCAUUAUAAGGUCCUACUAAUCCAAGACAUUAUUCUAUUUUUCUUCAAAUGUGUUCUGGUGAAGGAAGAAAGUCAUACACAUCUGGCAUGGCAUGAGGUCGAUGCUGUUGCGCUGUGACGUGUUGGGCCGUGCUGCUGCUGUCAGGACUGAAGCUGAUGGUGCUAAUGUCGUGUAAAUAUCCACUCGAGUGACACAUAUAUCAGAAGAGCACAGCACGAUGCGUGAGCCGACGCUGGAGUAACUGUGUGAUCUGUGGAAGUGUGUGUGAAGCAGGUGUGAUCCUGAUCUUUCUGAAGUGCCGUUAGAUUAAGGGGACUAUGGUGUCCGGCCUGAAGGAGGCGAGCGGAGAGACCUACGUGCUUUCGGGAUCAAACAGAAUGAAUGGAGUGAAACCGCCAGGAGCUGCAGCCGUGCCACAAAACCACACCAGCCGACUGUCCCGAGUGACCAGGAUGGUCUUGAAAGUACAGGACAAAUGUGCGGCUUAUGUGUUGGCUUUAAGGCCAUGGAGUUUUAGCGCCUCCCUCACGCCCGUAGCUCUGGGAAGUGCUCUGGCAUAUAAACUGGAGGGUUCAGUGGACGUCCUCAUUCUACUGGUGUGUGCUGUGGCGGUUCUGGUGGUCCAUGGGGCAGGGAACUUGGUGAACACCUACUAUGAUUUCUCCAAGGGAAUCGACCACAAGAAGAGUGAUGACAGGACUUUAGUGGAUCAGAUCUUGAAGCCACAGGAUGUAGUGAUGUUCGGGGCGGUGUUGUACUCGGCCGGAUGUCUGUGUGCUACUUUGUUGUACUUCCUGUCCACACUGAAACUGGAGCAUUUAGCUCUGAUUUAUUUUGGAGGACUGUCCAGUUCAUUUUUAUAUACUGGAGGCAUAGGACUGAAGUAUGUUGCCCUUGGUGACGUGGUCAUCCUCAUCACCUUCGGUCCUCUGGCCGUCAUGUUUGCUCACGCCGUGCAGGUGGGCUACUUGUCCGUUUUACCGCUGGUGUAUGCCGUACCGCUGGCUCUCAAUACCGAAGCCAUCCUGCACAGCAACAACACCCGAGACAUGGACUCGGACAAGCAGGCGGGCAUCGUCACCCUGGCCAUCCUGGUGGGGCCCACGUUGUCUUACGUCAUCUACAAUCUGCUGCUUUUCGUACCGUAUUUGCUUUUCUGUAUCUUAGCCACACGCUAUACGAUUAGCAUGGCUCUUCCGCUGUUAACGCUGCCCAUGGCCUUCCCUCUGGAGAGACAGUUCCGCCGGCAGUGUUACGCCAAGAUCCCUCAUAAGACUGCAAAGCUCAAUUUGCUCAUGGGACUCUUCUAUGUUUUUGGGAUUAUAUUGGCGCCGCAGGGUAGCUUGCCAUUAUUGUGAAAGAACUUUUUGUUUUAAAUAACAUUUAGAUUCUUUUUGUUAAUCUUAAUUUGAAAGACUUUAAUUUAUUGAUGUUAAUAUAUUUCAGGGUUUCAGAGGCUGUCAAAGGCAUCAGUAUUGUAAAAGCAGACCAGUUUGUAAACAAACACAACUUCUUUACUAAUGAUUAAAAAGUUUCAGAUAUUUUCAGGACAUUUCUGAUUAUAACGUUUUUUUAAUCCUGAUGUUUGUUUUGGUAUUUUAUAAAACCAAGAAUGGCAUAUUCCGUGUCAAUUUUCAAUACCAGAUCUUGAGUUCUGUCUAAUAUGGUGUCUCUGGACAUUCUUCCAAGACUUCCAAAAAUGUUUUCUUUUCUCCGUGUACUUUGAAAAAAUGAUGCCGUUAGGAAACUGAAAAUGGAGGUUUCAACCUUAAAAGAAUUAGUAUGGAUGUGACCUCAGUGUACCUUAAAAGGUCCAGAGUAUAUGAGGUAUAAUUGGUAUAUGCGGAGUAUUUUCAUGAGGGAACGUUAUCAGUAAAGAAUUAUUGAGUUAUAGUGUCACUGACUACAGUAUGUGUUGAAUUUUGCCAAAGCCUUUCACAAAAUAAACGCACCACCCUUAAAGCUCCUGAAUUUAUGCUGUAGAAUGCUUCUCAGCCGGAUCUCAUGUAAAGGGCAGUUUUAAAAUGUUUUUCAGGGCCACAUACUUUUCUUUUGUUUUUGUUUUUUCAAAAAUAAAGGAUAUAUCA